AUGGCUGCAUGUUUGGGACGAGUUGACGCCAAGGGAAACCAACGCAGGGUUCGGGUGGGUGGGUACCUGCCUGCAUGGUUACGGGCCUACUCCCGCCUGCACCUUCCCCAGCUCCCAAAACAAACACCGAGACAGGCCCAUUCACCAACCUUUGUUCCCACCACCGCAGCGCCGUCCACUUCUCAUGCUAGUGCUUCAAGGCUCUCCCACUCCCACCCUCACUCUCAUCUUUACCUCGCCCGCGUUCACAGUCCACGGACGGAAAUCACACCCUCCACCGUCGCCAAGUCGCUCCUGCCAAUGAGUGACGAUACGUCUGCCCCGCGCGCCUCACGCUUCAGAGAGCACACCAACACGACAAACUCGAUACAUCCGCCGCCCGUCGAGCUAUGGAAGGACAUUGGCAUCGAGAAUCUGAUUGAGAAGUUCAAUGAGGAGAACGAGGCGCCGCCCAAGGCUGCUCGUCCCACUGCGCGGAGGAGCCACAGCGCCAUCUCUACGCCUGUGCGGAAGAACCAUGUUGCGCCGACUCAUACGCCUGCUGGCACGGGUGUUGCUUCGCGCGCCACUGCUGCGCCUGCGCCACCCGUCACGCCUGCUCAAACCGAAGGCACGCUGGGCCGAUUCUCGCGCGCAUUUGCAUCUGUGUUCGGUGGCUUGACGGGGAAGCGUAAGGCUGCGAAUGCGAUGGUGGUAGAUGCGGAGGCGAAGGAGAAGGAGAGAAUGGACGAGCGCAAGAGGGCUGCCGAGGCGGCGUACUACGAAGCUAAGGAACUGGGUCUCCUCCCCGCUGCCAAAGUAUUCGUGAGGCCGAGUAUGGCUGCAAGAAUGCGCAAGGAUGGUAUGCCAGUCCCGUGUCCUGACAGUGUGGCGAGGACCCCCAGGCUGAUAGAUGGCGUAGCAGAUCCCAUGACGCCGCAACCCGAGCAUACCCCCCGAACCCCAGCUCUCUACCACUCGCAAAGCAAAAAAGACCUCUAUAAGCAGAAGAAGCUAUCAAAGCGCGUUUCAAACCUAGAGAGUAAGCUCGCCCUGGCGAAAAGGGAGCUUGAAUCCGUCCUCGCCGUAGCCUCUCCCGUUUCCGCCUCGACGCCAACGGGGCCCCAUCUCUGGAGCGAAAACGACGUCUCCCCACACUGCCACACCCUCCCCUCCUCAAUCACCAAGAAGCGAAAAGCAACCACCAUCGACGAGGCCGAAACGCCCCAGCCCCUCAACCUCCAACAGACAGAAACACGCUCCCCCAAGCGAGCUAAAUCCGUCCGCAAGGUGAAACGCCAGUCCUCGCGCCUCAGCAAGAAAAAUAGCGCCGUCUUCAAGGAAGAAGUCAUCAUCGUCGUGCCGGACGGCGUGUCCGUGCCGCCCAUCCCCUCCCUACCCAAGGACGUCGAAGGCAAGAAAACAGUCAUAAAGAGCACUGAUGAGGGCAACAAAACUGCCAUAAAGAGUAUUGAUGAGGUCGAGAACACCGUCAUAAAGAGCACUGACGAUGGCUACGGCGGCCUGGAGCACGAGAUGUUCUAA